AAACUGGUUUUGAAUUGUAUUGAUGAGGGUAAAUGAUUACAGAGGUAUGCAUAUAUAAAACUGGUGAUUUCUAUACAUCAGAUACAGGACCUCGGAAACGUGAUAUUUCACACUGAAUAGAAUUCUGGAUUUGAAGAUGUUCCUCAGAUCUAUUGUCGGCUGGCUGCUCACUGCUGUUCUGCUGCCGUUGGCUUUAUCAAGACAAGUCUAUACUACAAGCAAUGGUGGGACUUGCAGAACCGCUUGUGAACAAUAUAAAAAAGAGUACUAUUGGUGUGAACACACAGGUGGUAACAGUGGUUGGUGGGACUACUGCUCCCCUGAAGAAGGUUAUGAUUCCUAUUACAGGCCGUGUUUAUCAGGUUGUCAGAAGGUCAUGGGUUCUAAGUACGAACAGUGUUUUACAAGCGAAGGAUGGAGUAAAUGUGGCCAUGUAGUUGAAGAGUUUGAUCGCUUAUAUACUUCAGAUGUAAGUCUUUGUGUUACUGAUUGUAUGUUUGAUGGAAAAUAUUUUAAAUGUAGAGACAUAUAUGGAGAAAAUGAAAAAUGCUCACCAUUAAAGGAUGUAACUGCAAAAGGAGAGACAUGCCGAAAAGAUCACCCAUGUGAUUCACACGGUUACGAUUACACCUGGUGCUACACAAGCUAUAAUGAAGAUUGGGAUUAUUGCGGGAAAGUAUUUAGUGACUGUGAUUAUCAUCACCGAAGGAAACGUGCUGAUGGAGAUGAAGAGAUCUGCAGAAUAACAGACACGGGAAACAACCGACAGCUGGUACUAACAGCCGUCCCAGUGCCUAAUAAUAAUUUUCGCCAACCAUCACAAGACCAAUUUACUGAAGCCUCCAAUCUCAUUAGCAGAGUAGAUGCUAACUUUUGUUUCCCCGAUCGCAUCCACACUAUGGCUUCUUCUGAGAAUAUUAGAUUGGAUAUGCAAGGGUCAUUUGAGCGUGACGGAGUUAGGUAUCUGAAUGUACAACUUCAACUAAAUCAGCCAAGGCAGGGAUCCUUAUCAAGACGUGCCACAACCAUCUCUCAGAUCCUUUUCCCGCAGGAUCUAGACACUGUUGUCUUUUCCAGAUACAUAAGAAGAGCCCUGAUUACGAGCAUGCGUAGCGCUUACCAUGGGCUUCCUGUAAAGAUUAUCAUAACUAUGAACAGUAUCUAAGAGGGUAUAUACUGUAUAAUAUCUUGCUGAAUGGUUCAAGUUAUAUAACCAAUUGUUACAAUUUCAUAAUUAAUUGUAAAUGUACAAGGUGCCUCAUGUUUAAAUGCUGCUGAUUGAGUACAACAUACACUCUUUUUCAGUUAACCUGGAAAAAAAAUUUCAAUUUUGAAUUAUUCCAAUAAAAUAGUGUCUAUGGGAGAUGAUCUUCCUAUAA